AUGGUUUUCCUUUAUUAUUUGUGCGUAUUUAAGGGCUAUCUUUUUAAGCGCAGCAGUGGCAAGAAGCCUUGGCGGUCUUGGUCGCGGCGCUGGUUCGUUCUAGCCGACAACCGGCUUAUCUAUUGCAAACGACCAUCACCAAGUGGUUCUGGACCUUCUUCAGCUGCAGCCAAUGCCCAGGUAGCCAGUGAAUUAGCGGUCCCCCCAGGUGUCGUCUUUGAGGAUGCAUCGUUGACCCCUCUACCUCCAGUCACGAUAAGCAAUAAUUCAUCAUCCUCAUCUGCAAAUUCACUCACUACCCAUUCAAAUACGACUAGUGGUGUCAGUGUUUCCAUCGAGCCCUUUAGUCUUAGUGAUGAUGGACUUAAUACAGCCACACCUGUUGCCACCAGUCUAUUCACCGGACAGAAUCUGCUCGAAUGGACCGUCUUGGAGCCUGACAUUCGGUUAUGCACUGCCAAGGCUUGUGAUUCGCCCAUUGGAGCUGGUGCAUUAAACUCAUCACCAGGUGAAGGUACGACUUCUCUUGGCCAGACGACAAACCUUGGUGGCACUGGCUACUGUAGUCAGGUCCGUCUUACCUCCUUGAGAGUUUAUUAUCCUUAUCUAGAUUGUUGGUAUAAACUUUAUAGCUUCGAUUUUAUAUUCGGCCUCAAGCGCUUGUAUCCCUUCCCAGCUUUUAUUUAA